AUGGAAUUCUUGCAAAAUAAAUCCGUUGUAGAGAAUACUUUCACACCGCAUGAUAGAGACUGGAAAUCUUUCCUUCUGGAAGGAAAUACUUUUUUUGAUCAAGGAAAGUAUACUGAAGCUUUCUCUAAAUAUACAGAGGCGUACAAAAUUAUUAAUAAGUCUUCCAAUGAGGGCGAUGAUAACGAAUUUAUCCUCAACAAAUGGAAGAUAUAUAUGGGCCUGGCAAAGUCUAAAUAUCAGCAGCUCAAUUUUGAAGGAGCUAUGCAAUAUUGUAAUAGAGCUCUAUUAAAAGCUACAGGAAGAGACACAAUCGAACAAAUUGCUGAAUCUCACCAUAUACUGGGCAAAAUUUUCAUGGAGCAAGAACAGUAUGAAGAAAGUUUGUUCAAUUUCGAAAAGGCAAUGACAUCCCUAGAUCAAGCAAACUCAAGUCUAUUGAAGGCUAAAAUCCUGAACGAUAUGGCUGACUUAUAUAUUAGGCAGCAUAAACUGGAUGAAGCUGAAAGCGCUCUCAUAAAUUCGUUAAAAGUUCAACUAAAAAGCUAUUGGGAUAGUAAGGAUAAACCUUUAUCACGUUCUGAGUGUUACAGGCUACUCGGUGAUGGACAAAAGCAAUACAAAGCUGCAUUAAAUGCCGUUAUAGAAACGCUAGAGUAUUCUAAAAAGAAACAUAUAAAUACCAGUAAUACUGAAAAAACGGCGUUGCUGAACGACACGAUUGGUACUAUCUUUUAUUUAUGGAGUGACUACGUGCAAGCAAUAAAAUAUUAUUCAAAGUCCGAACAUUUGAAACGUAAAUUGUUUCAUUCCAACAACUGGCGUAGAGUUGCUUCAAUUGAAUACUUAUCUAAAGUUUAUUUUGAAUCUGAUCGUUUAGAUAACGCUAAAGACUACUAUAAAAAAUUAUUGUAUUUCAAGAAUGUAACAAAUACAAGCAGCAAAAUAUUGAAGGUGAAGUUAAACAACAUUUUGGGAGAAAUAUAUUUUAAAAAAUGUGAUUAUGAUUCCUCUCGAUAUUACUAUGAUGAAGCUAGAAAAAGUUUCUCUCAAGAAAAAUUUAGCUAUAAGCAUACGAUCGAACAGAGUAAAUCUUUGCUAGGGAUUGGAAAAUUCCAUUUUACGAGGAAUGAAAUGGAUAUCGCAUUAAAUUAUUAUAAUAAAGCAAAAGAAAUUUUACAUGGUGAUUUCAGUGAUAAAGAUAGGCUAAUUACAGAAAUUUUCGAUAGCAUUGCAAAAGUAUAUAUGUUACAGGGCAAUUUUGAGGCAGCUAGACAACAACUAGGGGCAUCUACAGCAAUUAGAAAAAAAUUCUUAGAUGAUGAAGAGGUCAAUAUUGAAAGGUACUACCAAGAAGGAAACCUAAAUAAGCAUUGCCAAAACUUUAAUGAAGCAUUAAGGCUGCAUAUCAAGUCACUGAAUAUUCGGCAGAAACAAAAAUAUAAAAUAAGUUUAGGCCAUUUUAAGUCAAACUAUGAAAUUGGAAAAAUUUACCUUUUACUCAAGGAUUUUCAAAAUGCUUAUAAUUAUUAUUAUAAAGCUAAAGAAAUAAUCGAAAACCUGAUUAUGCAUGAAAGUAUCAUUAAUUUUGGUCUACUUAAAGAUUUUGGGUCAAUCUUAGAACUACUAAAGCGUUAUCGUGAAGCUAAACAAUUCUACUUAAAGUAUUUGAAUGCAACAAAAACACCCGCCAAUAAAGCUAAAAUUUAUAUUCUUAUCAAUGAAAUCCAUGAGCUACCCACGGACUAUGUCCGUGCAUUAUGGAAUUAUGAGAAAGCAAUAAAAGAAAAUGAUACUCCAAAUACAAAAAAUAAUGGAGAUUUAAAAAAGUUAGAAGAAAAAGUUUACAGCACAUUGGAACAUUUCUUCAGGACUAAAAUUGGCACAAAUUAUCACAAAAGUCCACCCGAGUUAAUACUUUCAUCACCAGAUUUGGUAGAGAGGAAUAAGAAUAGCUCCAUACAGAAGGAAAUUGAAAUCGAAAUAACUAUGCCAUCCCAUGGAAAUGAUUUUGAGAACAAUGACUGUUGUAUCCGUUUUGUUAACAUAAUGUUAAUUGGAUCGAAAUGUCAAGGCAAAUCUUAUAUAUUCAAAUUACUAACUGGGCGAGCCCAUACCAGUAAUGCCAAUCCUGAUCCCGCCAUUGUUGAUGUAAAUAAGCUCAUAAGACAAAGUAAAACUACAGAUGAUGCUGCAAAUAUACAACCACACUAUGCCAGCAGUGCUCCAUUAACGGUUAAAAAUAUUUCGUAUAGAUCUAAUAAAACAAACGGCAACAGGUACUCGAAUGGCAGUACGGUGGUAGACUCAAGUCAAUUAUUGCAACAAACUAGAUCCAAUGAACACGGUACUAGCUUUUAUGCUAAAAUAUGGAAUUUCCAUGACGCGAUUUAUUAUCAGCCUUUCAAGUUCCACUCUAACAUCUAUAUAAUAACAUUUGAUGUCAAUAUCGACCUAAGUGAAGCGGUUGAAAGCAAUCUAAACGAUCCUGGUAGUAGAUAUAUUACAUCUAUACAGGACUGGAUAAUCAAUGUUAUUGAACCCACUUAUAAAUUGAAGCGCUUUCCUGCUAAUUUCGACGGACGAAGUGAAAAAUUUGCUUUACCGUUAAUUCUAAUAAUUCCUACCUACCAUGGCGAUAAACUAGAUAAAAUUGAGCAAUUUGAAAGACGGAAUAAAUUUAUAAAGAUAUUAGACCGAAGAUUAUCUUCUUAUAGAGCAAAUUUGUUUUGUCCAAAAUUAGUAAUGGAAUGGUCUCCAAGUGCUAAUGAUGACAACGGUUCGCUACCGCUUCACAAUGACCAUAAUUUAAAGGAGUUAUGCACCCUUCUUGCAGGUUUUAUUCAAGUAAUACCUUCCAUUGUGAUAAAUGCAAACGCAAAUACUAGUUUGAUUGAUAUCGGAUCAGCCGUAUUACGCAGUAUGUCAAAGAUUGAUGAUAAAAAAAUGGGCACUGUGCAAAUCAAACCUAUUAAACACAAAGCGACUUUGGCGGAAAUGUUUGAUAUUCACAAUUCUGGAGUUAUGAAAUUUGGGAAUUUAUUCAAAUACUUACACAGCAUAGGUGAUCUGCUAUUUUGUCCUACAAAUAAGAACUAUCAUGACGCGCUAAUAGUCAAUUUUAGUUUUUUCAUAAGAUUCCUCGAUGCAAUUCUAUCAUUAGGGGAUAAAAAUGCAAUUCUUCCGAAUUCUGGUGAGCAUAGAAGCUAUUAUGAAUUAGCAAGUAAGGCUGGCAUUGUAUCCAAAGCUUCAAUUAAAUAUGCAGCAAGCGAAUAUCAACUGAGCAACGCGGAUAUUAACGAAGUAUUGCAUGCCAUGGAGCUAAGCAAUAUUAUUUAUCAGUUUCGAGGAAUUUCAGAUGAAAUUUCGGCUAAACAUGAUGAUUACUACUUUAUUCCUAAUUUACUGUCACCCUACAAGUCAGAAUCAAAAAAUUCUUCUAGCGAAUUGUCUUAUUCUAGCUGGCUAUAUUUGAGUUGCAGCCAAGAAAAAGUACCUUAUAUUACUGAUUGCAUUUUUUACAAGCUGUUAUCAUCUAUUCAGCUACCAUGGAAAGUUGUCAUAUACCAAAACUAUGCCAAAUUUUUACCAGAACAUAGAAAUUAUACAAUAAUUAUUGUAAAGAAUAAUUCUUACAUUGGUCUGCAGUACUAUUACCAAUCCGAUAAUAACCAUGACUAUGGGCACAAUUGGUUUAAAGCAAAAGCAUUAAAAUCAAUCCUUGAAGAUCAACCUCAUGUCAAAUUUAGAAGUGCGUUGCUGAAUGUAGUCGAAAAUCAAAUUUCCGGCUGGCAGGAUGCUAAGUGUGAUUAUUAUAUUAAGUGUCCCGAAUGCCAUGGAGUUACCAUUUGUCCAAAUCAGAUUGUAGAAAGAUAUAUUAAGUGCUCAAGCUGUAUUUAUUCUUUUCCACCUGCGACAAUAGAAGAUUGGAAAUUAGACGAUAUUUUAGGUACUGAACCAUUGUAG